AUGGCGCCAAAGAAUCUCACUGACUGCCCGGAAAACCUCCGGGAGGCCAUCGACUGGUUGAUCCAGGUUAGGCAUGGGAAUGGUGACAAGAAUGGUCUUGAUGAGUUGGCCAAAGCUUUGAAAAAGUUGAUUGAGGAGGCUAUUGAGAAGGCGUAUACUACAAAUUUUGAUGCGCUUCUCAAGCUUCUCCAUUCUGCCAAGUCUUACACCUGUUGUAAGGAAAAAGUAACUGAAAUUGAAGGAUUUAACGAUUCCAAAAAUAAUGCCCCAAGAAGUUUUGAAGAACUUAAAUCUAAGUCUGAAGGUAUUAAAAAUUGCUAUAAAGGACACCUGGAUUCCUCCCAACAGAAAGCCUAUGAUGAGAUUCAGUCCAAGUUGGAGCAGCUUAAAAGUCUUAAUGAGAGUCUUAAAGGCAUCACUGUUGAAAAGAAUUGCAAAGAACUUCUGACAAAUUUAUGUGAUGGCCUCGAAACUUUCCUCGGCUUCUCCUCUGACUCCAAAGGCUACACUGGCCAGGGCAUUGUCUACUCAGACCUUGACAGGCUGUGCGAUGCGGUGAUGGCGUUCUUUCACGGUGUUCUCAGCAAUAUUCAAGGGAAUUUAGGGCAACAUAACGGGCAAAUUGAUGAAGCUAUUAGGUUUAUUACAGCUAAUAUACAUGGUAGUAAAGACAGUUUUAAUAAGGCAAUUAAUGCGGUGGUGGAUGGUGUCAGGAACUACAAUAGGGAAGUGAAGGCGUCUAAUGAGAAAAUUACUCUCGUCAUUACGACAUUAAGUGGUCAGAUGAAAUCGUAUUCAAAAGAUGCUCUAAACAAAAUUUUACCGGGAAAAAAUGAGUUGGGCAGGCCGCUUGUUCAUAGUUCAGAAAAAAUUCAAGAAGCAGUAGAGGCCGUAGAUAAGAUACGUGAGACGGAGUGUAAAAAGCCUAUUUCAGAAUUUUUUAUUGACAUGCUUAAGGCAGAUAAGGAUAUCAAAGACUUAAGCCCGGAAUUGAAAAUACAAAUUGAGAACGCUAAGAACCUAGUUAAAGAACAUGCUGCGUGGUUGAGUUCAAUUCAUAAGCAUCAGAAGAGCGAUAGGGAUGGCGUUAUUAAACAUGUUGAGAAACAGCUUGAAGAUGCUAGAGAUCAAAUCAAGGAACGAAUCCGGAGUGAUAUAAAUAAGCUGCUCGACGAUUUGAUAAGGAGAGUGCAGAGCAUUUUGCAGUUGCUUAAGAGGAUCGAAAAAAAUGUACAGCAGUAUGUUAACGAUCUAGACUUAUGGAUUAUGGAGGCAGAUGCCAUUGUCAGAGAGGCUGAAAGCAAGGUUGAUAGAAUAUUAGAGGAAGUUGACAAUCCUGCUAAAUGUAAAGAAGAGGUUAAAGCAGCCGCAGAGUAUAUUAAGGGACAUGGAUUGACGCUGCAUGAGAAAUUCACGGAGUUAAAAGAUAAGUAUAAUAAUGUAUUUACGAUUAUUAAAGGAAAAGAGGGAGAUGGUGAAGACGAUACAUGUGUGGUGAAAAAGCUUAGUGAUGCUCAAACCAAGGUGAAUGAACCGGACGAUUUGGAGACGUGGAGAGAUGAUAAUGGUAACUGGGAUGUGUCCAAUAGCAUCGAUCCACUCAUAAGAAAAAUUAAAGAGAACUUUAGUAAUUAUUUGGACACUUUGAAUGAUGCCUUGGCAGCUGGUGUGGCAGAGCAAAAGGGUAUUACUGUUAAUGCUGAUAGUACCCCUGCUCUUGAUGUGCUUGUUGAUAACGUGGGAGAAUAUGAAUUGAAGAAUAAGUUGGGAAAUUUGGGAACGCUGCUUGAGACGGCGAAAUUGGACAAGGAUGACGGUGGCCUUGGCAAUAAUAUAGAAAAGGUGUUAAAGCACCUUUACGAAGCCAAAAAAGGCUGGAAUGCAAGAAAACAUAUUUCUGACAUUUACCAUACAUUGAAAGCAUCAAUGCAGGAAAAGAUAACAGCCGUAAACAGAGAACUCGGCCAACUCCUACAGGCCGCUGCGAUUACAGGUGCAGCAAACCUUCAUAGUGCGGUCAUGGAAAUUGUAUCAAGUGAUUUUAAGACCAUAGAGAUGUUGAAUGGUGACAUUGUGAUCGCCGCCCAAGAGACGCAGUCCAUGAUCGACAACAAAGCCGAAGAAGUUAAAACAAACCUUCAUAAACUCUGCGAAAUUGUUAAGAUCUAUGCUGAGGGUGGCGAAGUAAGUGCAAAAGGCAAAUUAUUAGAGCUAAAAAAGAAGAUGGGCAAAACGGCAAAAGGUACACUUGCUGAGGGGGUACUAAGGAAAAUACACAAUGAUAUUGACGCCAUUCUUAGAGGUGAUUUGAAGGAUUCCAUCAGGGAGACAACGGAGUUUCUAAGCCACGCUGAACAAGAAAAGAAAAAUACAAUCCAAGUACUUCAACACCUGGUUACUACCACAAUUGAUGGAGCUCGAGACACCAUUACCGACGACAUCAAAACCAGGUAUGUACAAUUGAUCAAAGCGCAGCUCACAGCUUUCGCUGACAAAGUCAGCACGGCAAUCGCACCGCUCCCAAAUGAAAUCACCGCAGACGCCGAUAAGGGUGUUAAAGGCUUCAUGAGAGUAAUGCAAGAUAAAUUAAGAGACAGUGGGUUAAAUACUGUGUUGGAUGAAUACGCGACACUGCAGACACUGUCUCGCAGAGCCAAAACGUUUUUCACUGAACUGCCUAAAACUCUGAACACGCGGUCUAAAAUAAUGCCUCCGGAUUAUCUUUCCAAACUGCAAAACAAAUUACACCCUUUAUUCACUGGACUCACUAAAUACAACAGAAAAUUUGUUGCUGGCUUAACUGCGCUUAACAGUCUGCUAACCGAAAUGAAUUCCAAAUCGUAUGCCCACCAGAAUAAUCCAUUGCUAGAGUACCUCAAGCAAGGAAUCACAGAUAUGCAUGGGGAGCUGGACAAGGCGUAUGUGUCAGUGUACGAUGGGGCCGAACCCAUAAGUCAGUGGGUGGAUGGCAAAAACAAGUUGACUACUGACGGAAAACAUGGCGCCAAGGUUUGCAUUACCAUACUGGAGAUGCUGUUUAACGAUUUUAAUGACUUGCGGAUUAAGUGUAACCAGGGCAAUGAAUACAAAUACAAAACCGUAUGUGCGAGAAAUGGAACCGUAGAAAAUCCACUUGGCGCCUUUUUAGCACGUUGCGGAUAUGUUGUUUCUGAAGAAAACAAACAAAAUGGUGAGCUGCGCUACAUGAACGAUUUCAGGGGCCAGAAUAUCCACGAUGAUCUCCUAACCAAUAAACAUGGUAUAGGUGAUGCACAAUAUAAACUUGUCAGCGACGAUGACGAGAAGGAAGAAAUAAAGGUAGACGGUGAAGUGAGAGUAAAGACGACAAAUCUACCAGAUCAUGGUGUCCUUAGAAAGCUCCUCGGAUAUCUUCACGAUUACUAUCGCGUAUGUCACUUUGCCACUUCAGGGUCAAAGAAGUUGCCUUGUAAUAUCUAUGAUAUGCUGAUAUGGCUGAGUGGCCUACCACAUAAUCCCGUAUACCACGAAUUAACAUUCAGCAGCUUCGAUGAGCUAUUUGAUAAGCCAGAGGAACAAAACGUGGAUGUUAGAGGAACCGUUAUCUCUUUGGCCUAUGUUGACAACGUGUCAUUCGCAGCGUAUCCAGAAACUAUAAAAGUUUCACAACUAACAUCGGCACUUGGUGACGUAUGUUCAAAGUCCCACUCAGUCCUCACAGCCAUCGUUGGUCAUGGCCACUCGGACGGUGUCUACGCUUGCGACUAUAACACCAACGAAUAUAAACUACAGUAUCCUAACUCUGCCAGCGCCUGCUUUGACAUGCUAGUAGAUGUAUUGUACAGGGUGUAUCAUCAAUUGAAUUUCUUAUAUAAUCAAUGCUGCGACACUACGGAGGUAAGCGGCUGGCGUCAUUGCUGGUAUGGAAAUGCAAUAGGCGGUUCGUCAUGGAAAUGCAACGAGUUACAAUGCCCUGACCAACCGUGUAAUCCAACGUGUAACCAAACGUGCAGGCAACAUCCAAAGUGCGGCCUUAAGUCACCUUUGCAAUCCUUCUUAGAAGACGGACUGCCAGGCUUCCUUCCGCACCAAUUCGAGAAACCCGGUUGCAAGCUGGAGUGCACUGUACCCAACCACAGAGGAAUACCGUGUAAAACGCCAAUGGGGUUCUCAGAUAUUGCCACUACAGCAUCGCAUAGGCAGAGUGGUCGGUAUUUGUGCACUGUCCUUGCUGAUUUCUGUGGCGGGAAAGAUUCAUGUCUUAGUAAAAUUUGCAGUUUGUUGAUUUGUCUUUUGAAUAGGCCGCCGCAGACCCUUGACGAGAUGUUUGCUUUUUACUACCAUCUGCUCAAUGAGUGGAAUGGCAAAAGCGGAGCCCAUGAGGCAGCUAAGAAGCAUAAGAAAUACGCUUUUGAGGAUGCUGUCAGAAAAGCUUCCUUCGGCUUUUACGGUCACCUUGACAACACUACCAUAUUCAAAUCGAGAAAUCACAAAACCCAUACCAACGGUGAUCUCUUCACUCUUGUUUGUAGCGAUAUAUCAGAGGUUAAGUGUGGUAGAUAUAUCAAACCUCUUAGCCACAACAUAUGGACGGUUUUCUCACAAAAGCAUGCCGCACGUUAUCUCUCGUGGGUCGUCUACUUGACGGAAACGUUUUAUAAUUUGCUUAAUCGACUGUUGAAUGAAUGCAUCGCUACAUGUGGUGAAGGCAACAAAUGCUAUGUCAAAUGCUGUGCUGCAACAUGCCCAGUCAAAUCCGCCUAUGCAUCUAAAACGCCUAUUAUUGAUCUUAUUGAUAAACAUCACACUCAGGAUUGCAAAUCGAUAACCCACUGCCCAUCCACUCGUCCGACAUUAUCUAAAUACGGUUUAGUUUUCAGGAGUCCGUAUGAUUUAAGUGGAGUUAACAACGUCGUAUCGAAGCGGACAUGUAAAGAUUUCUGUUACGCAUUGGAAACAGUCUUGAACAAAGAGAUGCAUCUCGAACGUGCGCUUGCCAAAUUUGUAUUCGAAACCAUCCCAGAGUUCUUAUUCAGAAUACGUGAACCCUUCAUCUGGACAGUCGUGGCUCUCUGGUCGCUGUCUCUUCUCUACCUGUCCUACGUCUUGAUCGGACGUCUAGACACGCUCCACAUCAAAUCACACCUCAGGUCGCCAGCCUCCUACAAAAUUGCCGCCCAGUCACUGCUCGCAGCUGCACGUGUCGGCAAAAUUGCCAAGAUAUCGUACCUGCAAGCUUAA